ACCGGAAAUGAUUGUCUUGCAGGGACCAUCCAUGGGACCAUCCUGCUAUGAAUUGCUAGCAUGAUUUUUAGUCUCGUCUUUCGGGCAAUUCAGAUGUAACAUUUUCUUCUAAUCUUCAUAAGUUAAUCGUUUAUUAAAUUCAAUUUCUGUUUGUUAUUGGUUAGCUAGCAAGCUAGUACUAUGUCGGUUUUGUGUUACAACAAAGGAUGCGGGCAACGCUUUGACCCAGACAAGAACCCUGAUGAUGCAUGUACCUAUCAUCCAGGAGUGCCGGUAUUUCAUGAUGCUUUGAAGGGUUGGUCGUGUUGUAAAAGACGGACGACAGAUUUCUCAGACUUUCUCAACAUAGUGGGCUGUACGAAAGGCCCACACAACAAGGAGAAACCUCCGGAAUCAGUAAAGCCCGAGGUGAAAACAUCAGUCGACAAGAAUAACGCUGAAGACCUGAAACCAAAAUUCAAUGAGUUUAUUAUUUCUGCACCUAAGCCUCUGGAGUCCAUAUGCAGACCAAGUGCAAAUGAGCCGGUGGUGAGAAUGCAACAGAAGAUCUCUGCCUCCCUCAAGCAAGCUCUGGAGAAACUGAAGCUUUCUGAGAACAACACGACUGAGAUGAAAGAGGAGGAUGGAAAUGAGGUCAAGAUUGGAACAUCCUGUAAAAAUGGAGGUUGUACCAAGAACUUUGACGGUCCCGCCAGCAACGAAGAGGUCUGCAUGUACCAUGCCGGAGUUCCCAUCUUCCAUGAAGGGAUGAAGUAUUGGAGCUGCUGUAAGAGGAAAACCUCAGACUUCAACACCUUCCUGUCCCAGGAAGGCUGCACUAAGGGAACACAUGUCUGGAAGAAGGAAGACACGGGUAAGAAGCUGGUUCCCUGCCGGUUUGACUGGCACCAGACAGGAGGUCAGGUCAUCAUCUCCAUCUACGCCAAGAAUUCCAUCCCAGAGAUGAGCUACGUGGAGGCAAACAGCACCAUGCUCAACAUCCACAUUAUGUUUGAGGGCGAGAAAGAGUUUGAGAAGAACAUCAGUUUAUGGGGGGUGAUUGAUGUGAGCAAGAGCAUAGUCAACAUGAUGGCGGCUAAGGUUGAGAUAACCAUGAAGAAAUCCGAGCCAAUGUCCUGGGGCCGCCUUGACCUACCUCCCCCUCGCAGCCCCCCCAAGGAGAAGGAGAGGGAAGAGAGCGAGGACGAUGAGGAGUGCAACGAUGAAUAACAACAAUGCACGUUAACAAAUAUGUACUCUAUCUACCGUGUUUGACUCUUAUCACUUUAAAUCCCCCCAGCUCUACAUGAGUCUCUCUGUUUCUCACAGCAGUGAUGUCCUAGCUUUCUCAGAGCUCCCAUAUUGACGCCUUAGUCCAUAUUUUCUGAAUACUAGUAUACAUCUGUAUCAAGGGGGUAAAGCGGGGGCUGUAAUUAUAAUUCCAAUCCAGAUCUAGUCUUUAGUGGUUGGUGCUGAGGUUGACAUCUCUGAAUUAGGACUUCUCUGUAGUCUACCCCUACUUCUGGAUCACGUCCACACCAUCCCCAAUGGACCAAUCGCAUCAACUCUUAACAUGGGAGCAAAAACCAUCUUCUAUGUGCUGUAGUGAGAACUGCAGGUGUCAAGGAUAUACUUGGCACCUUGAGAUUGAGCUGCUUCAUUCUUUCCAAUAAGUCAUUUUCCAUUCCACCGUUUUAUGUUCCAUGUUUUCGAGUUCUUUCGUUUGCAUGAAUUGUUGUGACAACUGAAUAGAUGUUGUAUAACAGUUGAUUGAUACCCCUCCCAUGUGUAAUUUCUAAUCACCAUUCACAAAUGCCCAGGAUGCCUGUGUUCAGACGGUGUCAAAAACCUUUUGUCAAACACCUUUUGUCAAAGCAAGGACAAGGUAAAUACUUGGUUGUGCAAAAUCAUACCCUCCAACGUGAUUAACCUGGCAUUCAAAUACAUGUCCUUGAAGGACCUUGUCAGCAUGGUUUAAAUCUUGUGAAUUAAAUUUGCAUUGAUUGUC